AUGCUCAACCUGUCCAGCCUAGCCAACCUCACCGACCUGGCCGACGCCGACCUCCCCGCCAGCCCCUACAGCCUCGCCCAGAAGAUCGUCAUCGCAAUCAUCGCGAGCGUCCUCUCCAUCCUCACCGUCGUCGGCAACUCACUUGUCAUGAUCAGCUUCAAGAUCGACAAGCAACUCCAAACAAUCAGCAACUACUUCCUAUUCUCCUUGGCCGUUGCUGAUUUCGCCGUCGGGUUGAUCUCCAUGCCGCUGUACACCAUGUUCACGAUAUACGGGUACUGGCCGCUGGGGCCGCACGUGUGCGAUACGUGGCUAGCUUUGGAUUAUUUGGCGUCGAACGCGUCAGUGUUAAAUUUACUCAUAAUCAGUUUUGAUAGGUACUUCAGUGUGACGAGACCUUUGACAUACAGAGCUAAGAGGACUACACGGCGCGCCACGGUGAUGAUAGGUGGCGCUUGGGGGUUCAGUUUGUUGCUCUGGCCCCCUUGGAUUUACGCGUGGCCGUACAUUGACGGCGAGAGGAAGGUGCCUCCUCACGAGUGCUAUAUUCAGUUCAUUGAGACGAACCAGUUCAUUACGUUCGGAACGGCUAUUGCCGCGUUCUAUGUGCCAGUGACAGUUAUGUGUAUACUGUACUACAGAAUAUGGAGGGAGACGAAGAAGCGGCAGAAGGAUCUGCCGAACCUGCAAGGGGGGAAGAAACACGAUUCGUCGAAAAGGUCCAACUCUAGCGACGAGACGCGUGAGGUGGACGGGCGGACCAGGUCGGAGUCCGGCGACGCAGACUCUGUCUACCACGUGAGGGGAGCGUUACACGACCAAAGAUGGCGGGAUCACCAGUCGUCAAGUUCGAGUCGCCGGCCGAAGCGGGGCUGGGCUGCUAUCCAUGCGUGGUGCGUCGCCUGGUACCACUCCGGCAGGGAAGACAUCGAGGAUACGGAGAUUGAGGAGGAGCCCUCGGACCCUGGGUACGCGACGCCCGUGUCCGUGGAGACGCCUCUGCAGAGCUCCGUGUCCAGGUGCACAUCGUUAAAUGUCAUAAGAGACCCUUACGCUCAAAGAGGGGGUUCUGGCGGUUCAACGGCUCCAGAUGGCGGGACGUCCCCUCUUCGGAGGACAUACGAUCCCCCAGGGAACAUGCCCGCCGCUCGAGACAGCCGCUCCCUACCGCCUAACACUAGAAUCAACACCACUACCUCACCAGCUCCAAAGUCAGCCUCAGCUGACUCCGUAUACACCAUCCUCAUUCGACUACCAGACGCCGACACAGAAAGACCUACUAUAAAAAUGAUAACAGAAGAAUCUCCCCCUUCGAACGCGAGAACGCAUUACCGACCACCCACGAGAGGAGAUUCUGAACUCAAUCUCCACCCCGCCGGCCAUCCCGCCUUAACUAGAAGAACCUCCCACAUACAAGACGUCAGAAUUCCACUCAACGCCAAAAUCAUUCCUAAACAAUUAGCAGGCAAAGGUAUCACGUCUAAACAGCCUAAAAAGAAGAAAACGCAAGAGAAAAAACAAGAGACGAAAGCAGCCAAAACUCUAUCUGCUAUCCUCUUGUCAUUUAUUAUAACAUGGACGCCUUAUAAUAUCCUAGUACUUCUAAAACCACUGACAGCUUGCACUAAGUGUAUACCAGAUGAGUUGUGGUCGUUCUUCUACGCUCUUUGUUACGUCAACUCGACUAUAAACCCGGUUUGUUAUGCCCUGUGCAACGCGACGUUUAGAAGAACUUACGUCAGAAUUUUGACGUGUAAAUGGCACAACAGAAACAGGGAGGCAAUGACUAGAGGAGUUUACAACUAG